AUGUCAGGAUGCAAGCAAGUCAAGAGGUCCGCCUCGGUGGCGCUGGUGCUCUCGCUCCUGACGUCGUGCCACGCCGCCAGCGGCGGCAGCCACAACAUCUGCGGCGGCUACAAUGGGCGCCGCCUGUACCUGGAGACGGGCGAGCGCGGCACGCUGACAGCCGAUAAUGCGACGACGGGCGGUGCUCGCGACAAGUGCCGUCUCGACCUGGUGACGUGCCCCGCCUGCGUCAUCUCCGUGGUGUUCCGGCACCUGGACCUGCCCCGGCGGUGCGCGGGUGGCGGCGGCGUCCCGGCCGCCGGCGCUCCGGGCGGCCACGCCUGCCACUGCGGCGUUGUGCGGCUGUCUGAGCCUCCGUACGACGCUGCCUCCCAGGUGCAGUUCUGCGGGGCGCACCCUUCCCCGUCCGCAGCCCUGCCCGCCUACAGGUCGCUGACGCGGACUCUCGCAGUGGCGCUCUUGUACAGCGAGCCCCACCAGCAUGCCUUCACCCUCGAGUACGCUGUGGAACGCAAUCGCCAGCUACUCAACGACUCCGUGGGUGGGGUUGUGGCGUCUGGCAACUCCACCGAUGGGGACGUCCUCAAGUCUCCGUUCUUCCCAUCUCCGUACCCCCGAGACUUGGGCAUAGAGUACAUAAUUAGCUGCCACCCAGGCAGGUCUGCCAACUGCAGGAUUCGUUUGCUGUUUGAGGACUUUCAUCUUUCUGCUGAUUCUAUCAUUGAGUUUUUCGACUGGAACGGCCAGAGGCUGGAGGUGAGCAGUGGGAUGGUGUUCCGCCCACCUGUCAUCAUUUCCAGCGGGCCCUCUCUGCUCGUCAGGUUUUAUGCCAACGGGGGCACAGACAUCGGCUACAAGGCCACGUACUCAUUCCUCACAAGUAAUUUUGAGGAUAAGAUUAUAAAGCCGAUAACAGACUGUGGUGGUUAUGUGGAAAACCCUGGAGGAGCCAUAACAAUGAUGAACAUGGUGGAAGUAGGAAUGAAGAGAUAUGACUGUGUAUGGCUUAUUCGACCGCCACAACACUUUUUACAGCUAAAGACACAUCUGUAUUUGAAAGUGGAAGCAUUUUUCGACAUGGGUGGUGGCACGGAGCUGACGAUUAUCCAAGGGUUGACUUCGGAACAGCCGGUGCUAGAUAUGCUUCGCUACCCAAUGGCCGGCUCCCGUGGCAGGGAGCUCGUGGUCCCCAUCAGCGAUGGCUUCUACGUCAGCCUGCGGGGCUCCUUCGGCCCUGCUUCUCGGCUGGCCGUCAUCUACGCUGCGUUCAGCUACAUGGAUUGCUACACCUCGUUUGAUUUUCCAUGUAAAAACCACAGGUGCAUUCCAUCUCAGUUACAUUGUGAUGGUUUUGAUCAUUGUGGUGACAAUUCAGAUGAGCCUGAGAAUUGUUACAAAGAAUGGGCCUUAGAAACUCGAGAUCGGCGUUGGUAUUCCCAUACUCCAAAUUACUAUUUCCCAAAGAUGGCGCCAUAUCCUGACCUCAAAACUGCAACAUUGGUGUUCGUUAUCAGUAGCACAGGUUUAAUUUUUCUGAUUUCUGCCAUGAUCAUACUGCUGUAUCGCCUUGGAGCCCGAGCCAGGCAACAGAGAGAGUUACAGAACCAGCUUCGCACCAUUAGCGACCUACUUGAUGAUGCGUUGCACGAUGACGUGCAGCCUGACGACCCACCAGUGUACGAAGCUCCCCCCGACUACGAUGAGGUGAUCAAAGUGUUCCUGGAUGCUGCUGGAAACCAACGUCGUAGGAAAAGGCGAAACAUCCGAAAGCAACAGUCUAUCCGUAGCCGAUCAUGCCCAAGAAGUAACACGCAAAGCAACAUCAGCAUGGUGCGGAACGCUCUUCUCAACAUCCCCAGCAGUUCCGCGGGUUGCUCCGCCCAAGGCCAAGCCUCGCGCCCGGUCCUCGGGCAGUUGACCGUCAACCUCCAGGGCAUCACCAGCCGCAGCUGCCAGACGACGCCCUUGCCGGACUCACCGCCUCCGCCCUACGCACCCACCCCCUGCCCCUCCGUCCUCUCCCGGGUGCACAGCGAGGGCGACCUGAUCUCCCGCGAGCUGGAACGAGGCUUCCCCGGCGCCGGACAGUCGUGCCGCAUCGCCUCCCCCGAGUCCGGUGGCAGCAGCCCGCCUGAUUCCCUGCCGCCUUCCGUGAACUCGGAGGACAGCCGGCCUUCUUCCCGUCCCCUUCACGUCGGCCACCACUCCUUCGACUUCCUCGUGGAGAGGACCGUGGGCCCGAGCAGGCUGCCGCACCGGUUCCGGCCCUCUGCCGCGGUGGCGCCCCUGGGCGGCAGGCUCUCCCCGCCAGCGCUGGCGAAGGCCUGCUCGUGUGCUGGUGAGUGCGGCUGCCUGCGUGCCGGGCCCCAGCGGCACGCCAGGAGCUUCUCCGUCGAUGCCGCCGUCCUCAUGUCGCCGUUCGUCUGAGAGCACUGUGGGUCUUGCUAGUCCAUUUGAGAUUCUUUCGUUAAAUAUCAGGAACACGUUCAAUUAAUUUUUACUAGAUAACAUUGGGUCUUUUUAUUUGCAUAUUUGUGAAUAUAUAUAUUUUUUUUAUUACUUAAUUUAUGUACUAAUUAUACUGUUUCUAGUGUUGGUUAGGUGUUUACUUGUAUUAUUUUUCAAUUUAUUGGUUUUAAUUUUUUUUUAAAUUUUAGUUUUUGUAGCUGUAAACUUUUUCAUACAGGAAGAGCAAAAUUUAAUGAUGAAAUUUUGGCUAAAUUACAAUUCUAAAUAAAGCUUUACAUUGUAGGGAAUACAUACAUAUAUGUAUAAUAAAAAGUCUUAAGAUGUCAAAUGGUAAUUACUGAAUAGCAUUUGCAGAAAAUAAAAUUUUAGAUCUUUCUAUUUGGAUUUUUGUUUUUGUUUAAGUUACAAUGUAAAAAUGCAACUAAUAUGUAACUAUUUUAUUAUUUUCUACACUUAAUAGAGAAAUCACUUUAUGAGAAUAGAAGUCCAUCUUUAUUACAAAUAAAAUAGUAGUUAAAUAUAAAAUAGCACUAAUACAAAAUAUAAAACAUAACUAAUACAAUGAAUACUUUCGAAGUAGAAUGAGGCAAAAAAAAAUUAAUGAAUGGCUUUCAAAUUUUCUCUUGAAUUUGAUUAGAGACAAUAAGGUUUGAUGAAAUGAGAGUGAAGCAUUUUUGAAAUAAAUAUUUGAGGGAAAGGGAGUGACAAUAUCUGCCACAUUUCCCAUGGAACAUAAUUUUGGUUUUGCUCAACCAGGAAUCAAUCUUGGAUUAUCUUGAGGGGAGGUAGUUGAACUGACCACUCAACCAUCAUGGCUCCAAGAACUACAUAUAAGAACUUAAGUUGAAAGUACAAACUAAAGCUCAACCAUUCUUAUGUUACAAUAUAAUUGAAGAACUUUAGUUUUUAUUUAUGUACGACUAGAAAAAUUAAGCCUUUGUUGACAUAUAAACCUUUACCAUUUCAUUUUCCGAUAUAACUGUUUAUGAUGUUUGUUAUGUUAGCAAUUUUAGUUACAAAUAUUGUGUAGUUACACUGACCAGAAGUGACAAACUUUGGUGUGACUAGUCUCUGCGAGAUUGCGGACACAGGUAACAAUCAAAUUGCGAGUGAUUCGAUGGGAAUUUGUGAUUUCAUGAUUUUGCAUAACCAUAUACACUGAUUAAAUCAAUUAAGGGUGCAAUUACCUCUAAACUGAAUAGCAAAUGUGAGAGGUUCAAAUCUUUCCACGGUUAAUGUUGGAAAUGGCCACUUUAUUUGAGUCACUUGUACCUGUCACAUCAUAUUCUGUGACUUCAUAAUGUGGUCACAUAUUACAUAUUUUGUGAUUAUCUCUCAGAGUUACGCAAGUGUUUACUGUCUAUUCCAAUAGACCAAAUGUUUCUGAUAGCCCAAAAGGUGAAAAUCUGAAGAAUUCAUUUCAAGAAUUGCAGGUCCUUUGAGAUCAUGCAGUCACCAAAGAAGUGUAUAGUGAUGAGUGAUGGAUGACUAUUGAUAUAGAAGUAUAGCAUGUUAUGCAAUCAACUUGAUAUCAGGGCCGCAACUAGGGGGGAGCAAGCGGGGCAUACGCCCCGGGCGCAAAGCUGUGGGGGCGCCGAAAUCGCUUGCAUUGUAAUGCCUACUACAACUGGUAACUGGUAAAAAUUUUUUUAACUUGCAUGCCAGGAAUGUCUAAUCUGAUUUACAAUAUAACGUCUCAACAUAUUUAUUUUAAAAUACUCUGAGAAAAAUGUUGAGUUCAUCAUUAACAUAAAAAAAUUGUAAAGGGAGAAGUUAGAAAGUUUUAAUGCGUUAUCUAUACGAAUACAGUACAAUGUUGUCAGAGAGGGUGGUACCACUGGCUGUGAGGAAGCAGUGGCGAUGGAAUAGUGAAUGCCUUAAAAUCCCGGUUUCAGGCUCUUCAAGCAAUUAAUGAAGAGUUUAGCUUUUUAAAUGGGAAUAACAUAUACAAAAUGGAAGUUAAAGAUUUGAAGACUGCAGCCAAAUGGUUGUCUGAAACAUACAAAGAUGACAUCAAUGGAGAAGAAAUAGUUCAAGAAAUGGAAAGUUUUAAACAUCACGCCUUGGAAGUUGAUGACACUAUGAAAACAGCAUCUGCAGCGACCCCCUUGAAGCUCAUUCACAAACACAGAAUUGAAGAAGGAUAUCCAAACCUGACCACAGCCCUUAAGAUAUUUCUUACUCUUCCUGUAACAGUUUCUUCAGGCGAAAGAAGUUUCAGCAAAUUGAAAAUUUUAAAAAAAUAUUUAAGAAAUAGUUUGAGGCAAGACAGACUGUUGAAUUUGAGCAUUUUUUCCAUAGAACACAAGAGAGCAUCCACUAUUUGCUAUGAUAAUAUCAUCAAAAUCUUUGCUGCAAAAAGGUCUCGCAAGUUGAUUUUGAAUCUUUAAAAAACAUUUAUGACGACAAUUUAAUGAACAAGUCUAGUGAUUAUACGGACUCCUUUAUGGACAUAGUGGGUUCAUGCAUGGAAGGUACAGUAGCACAGAAACUGUUACAUGUAUAGGUAUGGAAAAUGCUUAAAUAGCACCAUUUUUCCGUGGGAGGCCCCCGGAUCACCGCUUUAUUGGUGUGGUAUGAGCUAAAAAGAGGGGGGGGGGGGGGUGCAUGAAUCCAUUCAUGCCCCGGGUGCCAGAGACUCUAAUUGCGGCCCUGCUUGAUAUCAUUUAGUUGCUCCUGAAUUCAUUUAAGAUGUAUCCAUAAAUCUGGGAGUUCACUGUUCCUUUGAUAAAAAAAUUAAAAACCAACAUUUCUGAUGCAGAGACAUGUGCAUCAACCCCAACAUUUUCAGAAUGACCCAUGUUGUGGAAAGGAUGUCAGGACUUUCAGUAGUCUGAAACCAUUUGCAAACAACACACAUGCUUUUGUGAGUCUGGUUGCUCUGAUUCCUACACAACUCUUUUUCUGUUUUGUCGCAAACAUGAUGUCUUUGCUACACUCUGACAUGUUCCGUACGAGUAGCCAGUGAGGUUUACAAGUUGUUUUGAAUGUCAUCCAUACUACAAAAUCUGAAAUAGUACAAGUCUUGUACCAAGAAUAAUAAUCCUUAUAUAUCCUCUAAAACAUAAUAUCUUAUCUUUCACACACAUUCGGACUCCCAAAAAGAAGUAAUCACUCAUUAUAAUGGUAAAGGUUUAUAGAGAUUGUACAGGAUUAGCGUGUUUUACUGCAUAAUCGUCGCACUAUUAUUUUAGGGCGUCAAAAUUUGGAGAGAAUUAAUUCUCGCAGUCUGUUAUUCAAUCAGAUAUAUUACAGCUUAUUUAAUUACCAUAAAUACAAAGUUGUCAGAUAUGUAAAUUUUUUUUAAAGUUAUUUUCAAAUGUUAUAACUUUUAUCUGUUCGUCUUUGUCACUGUUGUGUACUGCAUAUAAACAUGUAGCCAGUGUUAGUUGACUUCAUUAGUGUUUUGCUACUUUGAUGCCCAUAUAGAGUACGUGCAAUAGCUCGCCGAUUGAAUGCAACGCACGCGCCCUGUCUAGUGCCGAAUAAACUUCAUUUGAUAGCCCGCAAUCUUUCGUGGUUAGCGUAUACAGGUACUACGACGAUAGUUAUGCGUUAGUUUUGGCUCAUGUUCAGGUCACAGUUUUACUUUUGUCUAUUUAAAGUUGAAUGAAAUAUGUUUUUGUUGCAUGAAUAAUUAAUUUAAAUUGUUUGGUGUGCUUUUGUAUAUGCUGCUUUUUAAUUAAACAUACUUUCCAUGCAAUAAA